AUGAGCACCACGCCGCUAGCAACACUCGCAGCAAACCAGCAACCGCGUCCGAGACUCCCAUUCUCAGACGCGCGGCAGGGUAACAACGUCCCAUCUAAACCUCAACCGCCACCGAAACCACAGAUGCCGCCGACGGCCGCACGAGCAGCAGAAGUUCAGCCACAUGAGAAACAGAAGCAGCUACCUGAGCCAAAGAAGGAAAAAGUCAGGCCGCCUACACCUCCUGCACUCAUCUGCGACGCGGAGGAGACGCUCGUGUUCCACAAGGUUGGGUUUUUGGGCGAGGGUGGAUUUGCACGUGUAUACGAGGCGACAGACGAGAAGGGCGUCCGACACGCCAUCAAGCUCUUUGCCGAAAUCAAAAUUCACAAAUCGCUUGACCACCCAAACAUUGUCAAGUUUGAAGAAUGCUUUGAGGAUGAAGAGAACGUCUACAUGGUCCUAGAGCUAUGCGAGAGUGGCUCGCUCGUUGACCUCAUUCGCCGCAGGAAACGUCUUACGGAGCUAGAAGCGAAAGUACUCCUGGUUCAGCUUAUUGGAGCGAGUGAUUGGAUGCACAAUCAUCAGGUUAUCCACCGGGAUCUGAAGCUGGGUAAUAUUUUCCUCGACGCCGAGAUGAACGUCAAAGUGGGAGACUUUGGGCUCGCAGCGCUGAUAGAGAACCCUGGUGACAGGAAAAAGACCGUCUGCGGAACCCCGAAUUAUAUCGCUCCAGAAGUGCUCUUUGAUCCAGGCAAUGGGCACUCCUUUGAAGUCGAUAUAUGGUCUAUUGGUGUCAUUCUUUACACUCUUGUUGUCGGGAAGCCACCGUUCCAGAACAAAGAAAUCAAGGCCAUCUACAAACGGAUCAGGGAUAACAUCUACGAGUUCCCUCCAGAUAUCAUUCUUACUCAGGACUGCAAGUCACUUAUUUCAGCAAUGCUCACUAAGGACCCCUCUCAGCGACCUGGACUGAGGGAGGUACUUGAGCAUCCCUUCUUUACCUCGUCUCUCGUUCCCGCCUCGAUACCUUCUACUGCUCAUGAGACUGCACCUCUAACCUCGGCCGCACUGCGAGAAGCAGCUCUUCUCGUCGAUGAACCUGAAGAAGAGGAAGGACCAGACUCUGCUCAAGCUGUGGCCGGAAGCUCACCAGCCUUGACGGCGACCUCUGUCGCUCAACAAGAACGCGAUUUCCAAAAGGCUGUUCAACCCGGAUCCCCUAUAUCUGUUCUGCUUCAAUCGGCAAAGCAACCUCUGGUUGUAGCAGCCAGAGACAAUGAAAACUUGAUCAAACGCCUAACAGCGUCAAGAGAGCGUGACGCGAGCGCAAUUUCCAGCUCGAGACGACCAGUUGCUGGCUUGAAAGGCAUUACAGAGGAGAAGGAGCCAGAAAACGAUCGUGUCACUGCUCUCAAGAGACAGCCUCGGGAGUUCAGCCGGAGCACAGUGGUGGAGAACCAAAAGGCUCGCAUCGUCGCUCAAAUGACAGCCACCCUACCAGCAUCUUCUUCGUCAGGUGCUGAAGAGGAUAUGAAGGGGAAGAAGUCACUUGCCGCGUCAAGCAGUGGUGGCCGACCGGUCAACGGCGCUGGGAGUGGGCUCAAGAACUCGGUAGCCACCCCUGACGUCUCCACUAAACUCAACACCUUCAAUGCAGUUGAAAUCACGCUGGCCACCGCUUUCACUUGCAUGAGUCGAAAUAAGCGGUUUGAUCCACCUCAAUCCAUGACAAAGAUUCCGGAGAUGCCAAACUUUUUGAUCUGCUGGGUAGACUACUCUAGCAAAUACGGCAUGGGAUAUGCCAUGAAGGACGGCACCGUUGCCUCUCACUUCAACGACAGCACCUCUUUGAUCAUGUCACCCGAUGAAAAGCAUUUGGAGUACGUAGUACGCCGAGGCAAAGGGGGUUCGACCUAUGUUCGCAAGCAUUAUGAAGUCGAGAAACGUCCAGACGACCUGGCCGAUAAAACGCGGCUUCUCGGCCAUUUUUCGACCUACUUAAUGCAGAAACUUUAUGGCGAACAUUCGUACACCUCUAUGGACCUCGAAAAGACGACUAGCAUGGACUUUGUGCAAAAAUACCUUCGUCUGAAGCACGCGAUUCUCUUCAAGAUCAGUAACGAAGUUCUUCAGUUCAACUUUUACGACCACACGAAACUGAUAUUAUCUCACGGCGGCCAUGUCGUUGCUUAUAUCAACAAGAAUGACGAGUUGACCCAGCACGACAGAAGAGGAAAAGCGACUACACGAAAACUCGUCUUGAAGCUCAAGUAUUGUCGACAAGUCCUUCGAGAAAUCCGCAAGGGCGAGCUCGUGCAGGUCAAGGCUGGUGCCGAUGGGUCAACACCUGUCUCCAAUUUGGAUGGCACGCCAGCUGAGGAUGUUGGUACGGUGCCUUCGAACCUGAAGAUUGAAGACAUUGGCCGGAAAACUUUGCCCCCUUCGACCUCCGCGCGAAUGAUGAAUGGCCAGAUUCGAUGA